AUGUUUGGUGCGGUGAGCUUUGGGGUCAUUGGUGAGAAAAUGAAGCAUGGGUGUUACUACUCGGGGUUAGCCAUGAGCUUUAGACAAAAGAGUGAGGUCGCUCCGGGUUGGAUGGAUGCGCGAGUUAGAAGCACGUACGUACUAGAGUUGGGGUCGCGAGGCGAUGGUCUACUACUCGGAAAAGCUAUGCGCGAGCUUGGAGGGAAGCUCGCUAGAGUUGGAAUGCUUAUGAGGAGCUAG